UUUACUGGGGGGUGGGGGGGGUGUUUGACAGCUUUGUGCAUACUGGAUCUGACUUUAACUGGGAACUUUUAUAUGUUUUUCUACAGAUAUACCCGAUCAUCAUUGGCUGGAAACUGAACGCUAGCAGAAUGGGUUACUUUACAAAAGACGAAUGGAUGAAAGGCAUGGGAGAGCACAGAAUUAAUACUGUUGAAGAGCUGAAGCAUAUGCUUCCACUGUGGGAUCAAUCAAUCAAGGAUGACGCCGUCUUCAAAAAGUUGUAUUUAUUUACCUUUGCUUUUGCCAAAACGACCGGUCAGAAGAGCAUGGAUGUUGACGUUGCUAUGGCGCUUUGGCCAAUCAUGCUGAGUCCUGCGAAAUACCCUCACAUUCCCUCAUUUGUUGAGUUCCUACGGAGUGAGAAACCCGUGAGAGUUAUCAACAAAGGUGUGUACAACGUUAUUUUGCAAUGAAGAGAGAGCGUGUACUUAACAUGUGCAACCCUAUUAGAUCAAUGGA